AUGGCCAUAGCCAGGGCAGGGCAGAUCCCUCUCUACAUGCGGGCCUGCGGGCCUACGACCACAUCACACGCCUUGUUGUACCUUUCGGUCAAAGACCUCGAUGAGUUCAGGUACAUUACCUACUUACCUAACUGGGACCAACGGACCAAAGCAAACACAUCCUUGCCCCAUCUGUCAUGUGGUAUACCUGUUGAGCUGGCCCUCUUUUCGACGCUAUCUGGAACUACAUGCCUUAGCUUGGCAGAUGGUUUCUUGUUUACCAACAGAUUUUACCAUAUUGGGCUGACUCCGGAGUUUCAAGGCGGAUCCUUCUUGUAUCUCGAUAGAGGAAAAAAGACGCAUUCUGGGGGCGGUUGGGGGGCGUACUCCUCCGAGGUGCAACUUGAAAGGGCAGCUGACUGGCUGACGAUCCGUCGGUUGCUGGUGUUGGGUCUACCUGCCAAGCAUGACGAGAAGGCUGGGUAG